UAAUAUUUAUGGGCAAUAGAUUUGGAUUAAAGUUUAGAGAAAGAUAGAGAGAGGCGUAGGAAGGGGGAAGAAUAAGAUCAUUGAAUUGAAUUCAUUAAUAACUUUGAAGUCUUACUUUCUUCCCUCCUCCCACUCCCAUCAAAGAAAGAGAAAUACCUAACCGAAGCAAAGUCGUUACCGUCACCGUAACCUGACUCCAAACCCAAAAUGUCAGACGGAGCUAUCCAAUUACAGGUACUUGACGGAACUCACCUAAGACAACUCGAUCUAUCCCUCCUCGUCGCCGAUCGUACACUCACCGGAGCUCAAAUACUCGACAUUGCACAUUCACAAGCUUCUCUUUCUCUCUUCGGUCUUCCAUUACCCGAUCCUCUCAAAGCCUCUGCCCUCAACCGCCUCCGUAGUAACCCCGAAGCUUCCUUAUCCACUGAGACUCAAUACGCUCCUUCAAAGGCUUCUCAAAUCCUCAAACACUAUAUCCUCGCCAUCGCCGAUGAACUCAAAGAUAAUCCUCUUGUUGUAUCAAUCUUGGAUGGAAGUACUCUCCGUUUGUUAUUUGAGGACGAGGAUGAUUUUGCCAUGUUAGCGGAAAAUUUAUUCACGGACUUGGAUGUUGAAGAUAAGGGGAAAAUCAGCAAGAGUGAAAUUCGAAAUGCUCUUGUUCUGAUGGGAGUUGACAUGGGAGUUCCUCCUUUCUCAGAAUUUCCUCAGCUAGAUGACUUGUUGAGGAAACAUGGAGUGGAUGGAGAAGAAGAAUUGGGUCAGGCACAAUUUGCUCAGCUUCUGCAGUCUGUAUUGCAAGAUCUUGAGGAGGAACUUUCCAAAAAGAACUUUGCUUUCUUCCAGAAUAUCCAAAUCAUAAAUGGCUCUAAGCUAAGACAGCUAUUGGCCAAUGAAAAGGAAUUAAACAGAAUUGUGGAGAAAGCAUUCCAGGAAAAAUCCGAUGCAAAGGAUGAUUUAGGAAGCACAGAAAUAAUAAGGAGCUUCCUCAAGAGAAACACUAAGGAGUUGGGUUUACCUUUAUUUGAAGCUGGCGAUGCAGCUGUUCUUCUUUAUGAUACUGUUUUUGCUGAUAUAGCCAAAGAAAAAGAUGGUGUGGAGUUGGAUAAAGAAAAGCUGACAAAACUUAUGAAGGAUGUCCUACAGAAAUUGGCUGAGCAACUUGAGUUGAAUCCUGUAUAUCAGGACUUUGCUUGAGGGCUUGAGGCCAAUGAAUUAAUGGGAUACAUUUCAUAUUCUAUGUUUGUAACUUCGUAUCAUUACAGAGCAUUUGAGAUUUGCAUCCCGACCAGUAGUAUAUAUACUGUAUAAUGAAUUUUACUUAUACAUAGUACCUUAAAUAGUAUGCUUAUGAUAUUAUAAUAUGAGUUGCUACUUCAUUUCAUGGACUUUGUUAAUAGACGCAGCAACUAGAUACAUGGUGUUUGAGUAUUGAGUAAAUGUCAAACAUUCUUACCAUCA